AAAACAUUUUACACAAUAUAUUCUUAUUAUUGACAAUGGAAUAAGUCCUGGACUUAAUUACACUUUUUCUAUUGAGGAAGGUAUGUUAUUUACCGAUGAUAUAAAACAUGCUAAUCCCUCAGGUUAUAAAGCUAAAAUAAAAAGCUAUAUAUUAUCCACAUUACAUCCCAUUUUUGAAAAUGUUAUAAGCAUUGAACUUAUUUACUCACUUGCUGAAUUUAAUGUUUGUUACAUAAAACUGAAAUUAAUAAACAUCUGAAUAUAUAUUUGUAACAUUAAUUAUAUUUUAUAAAUUACACUCAAUAAUCUGUUUUAGUAAUUUUGUCUUCAUAUCAUUCACAGGUAUCAUCAAUACAUCACGAGUUAUAACAUUAGUUGUUAGUCUUGUUGCAGCAAUUAUUUUUGCUACUGGAUUGUGUCUUUGCUACGUGUGGUGUUGCUUGAAAAGAAAAGGUAUCUAUAUGUACGUUUUAACUCGUUAUUUAGAACAUUCAAACCUUUUGGUAAUAAAAUAACUGAUCUCAAUAUUUCAAUUUAAUAAAAUAAUUGGUGGAUGAUUCUAUAAUAUAUAUAUAUAUUGAUAUAUAUAUUUAUUUAUUUUUAUUUAUGUAUAAACAUAUAUAUACACGUGUAUAUGUUUUUUUCUUCUUUUAAAUAUGCUUCAGAAAAGUUAUAUCCUGUAUUUUGCAAAAUGAGUAGAAGUGUUUUUAAUAUUAUUUUCUACAUAUUUUUUUUGCAUAUUUUUUUAGCAUUUUUUUUAGACGAAAAUAGGAUAAAAUCACCACGUCUCUCCGAAAAUGGAAACAUUGAAGAACGACAAGUUGAUUCCAUUGAAGGCAAUAGCGCAGCAGAUGUAGAAAGCGUGCAAUACUCAGUCGUUAACAAAGGUCGAAAGAGAAAUUACGAUGUGUUGGACAGGUUGUAGAAGUAUUUUUUUGUCAUGUACAAUAUAGUGGAUUUACAAUAAACCAUGAAGUAUGUAGCUUUUAUGAUUUGAACUGGAAAUGCGCAAUCAACUUGAAAAUAUUUACAUAUUUUGGAAGACACGUGACAGAUAUACGACAAAGACAACACACUUAUAGCUGGUGCAGCUAGUAUAGUUUUAAAAAAAUAAAACAACUUGCCUUUGAUUAUUUCUGUAUACAAAUGAGUGCAUUUUUUAAAACAUUAUUUUACUUAUACAGGAUGAGCCAAAUGUACUGUAAUUCUAG